UGCGCACGCGUGAAACCGAUCGAGUGGUGACAAGUACCAAUCUUUUGAAAUGUCCCAGAUCAGUUUCGGAAAUAGAUAAUUAGCGUCAAAAUAAAAUACGCACAACCAACAGGGUUUACUCUUGUUGCGUGUUUUAUUCCAGUGAAGAACCGGAAGUUGCUUCUCCUCGACUCUCACUUGAUAGAGCGACAGGGCUCGAUAACACGGAAAUAGCCACAGCGCUAUCAUUAAAACACACAACAGAAGGAUAAAUAUCGAAUUGCUCACCUUCCGUGUAAUUCUGCAACUUUUUCCACAAUGUCCCGGCAAUCCACUCGCACAACGGACAGCAAGAAGAUGAAUUCUGAGCUGUUCACGUUGACCUAUGGAGCCCUGGUCACACAACUGUGCAAAGACUAUGAGAAUGAUGAGGAGGUCAACAAGCAGCUGGACAAAAUGGGUUACAACAUCGGAGUGCGUCUCAUCGAGGACUUCCUGGCACGCUCCAGCGUCGGCAGGUGUCAGGAUUUCCGAGAAACGGCCGAUGUCAUCGCUAAGGUGGCGUUUAAGACGUACCUGGGCGUCACCCCCAGCGUGACCAACUGGAGCCCGGCAGGAGACGAGUUCUCCCUCAUGCUGGAAAGCAACCCGCUGGUGGACUUUGUGGAGCUGCCGGACAACCACAGCGCUCUGGUCUACUCCAACCUGCUGUGCGGCGUCCUCAGAGGAGCCCUGGAGAUGGUGCAGAUGGCGGUCGAUGUGAGAUUUGUCCAGGACACACUGAGGGGAGACAAUAUGACAGAAAUCCGUAUGAAGUUCAUCAAGAGGAUUGAAGAGAACCUUCCGGCAGGAGACGAGUGACAACCGUCUUGUGUGGAGGGACACACUUGACUUGGAGGGGUAAUGCACUUUUUGGGGGGGAAUUUUGCCUAUCGUUCACAAUCAAUAUGAGAGACAAGGGCACAUAUUUACCCUAUUUUGAUCAUUCUAAUCAGUGUUGGGUCUGAUUUAUUCAGUGCAUUGAUUUCUGUUUCCAUAGCAACGCACUUCUGGCAACAAAUGUGUGUUCCUACUGUCGGAAACAAAAGCGAGUGUGUUUUCUGAUCAUGGCAAACUUGGUAACAGACAAUGAAGACGCCUAUUUUUGGACAAAUGAGGAUUCACAACCGUAUCUUUUUGAAGCUGAAUAUAUUGAGGAUGAACUGUGCCUUCUAGAUGCGAGCACAACGGAAGGGUGAGACGUUGGAGCAGACGGAGUGAGGUGAAAGUGACUUUGGCGCUGUAUAUGUGGAACUUGGAGACUAGCUAUUUCGACAUAAAUGGAGUGCUUACCCAAAUAAACCGGAAAAACAUCCCCGGCCAGAUGGACCAAACAGACAACUGUCUAUUGAGUGAGUCACACUUUAUAUCAAUCAUGACACACGCAGCACGUCAUGCGAGUUAUUACAACUACAGUAUAUAUCCUAGAUGUGUACAAACAAAACAUUGAAUAAUACUUUACAGAUACUGUAACAUGAUUGUUCAUGUUUUUCACUCACUGUCACAUUGUGUUGUGCAUUACAAACUCAAACGUGUUUCGUGCUAACGUAGAAGCUAGCUUAUCGCUCUAACAAUAACAAUGUUGCUACAGCUUGGUUAUUAUACAGGUUACGGAACAUAAGUGAAGUAUUUUUGACGGUUUUUGAAUAUAUUUUUAAAGUGAUUUCGAGGUAUAAUUGAUUGCUAACAUUAGCUGCAUUGCUAGCCACCGAGAGUAAGUUGAUUUUUACAUCUUAGAAUGCAUAAUGAUUGUGAACAAUAGGCAGAAUUCCCCCCCACAAAAGUGCAGUUCCCUUUUAAAAACCGAAUGGACAAACUAGAAGAGGACACACUUGACUCCCAACAUCAUUGUUUGCUCUUUUUCCACUCAUUGAAGUUACAAUUAAAGACAUUUUUCUCCUUUUGUUUACCGUUCACAUUGCUGCCGUGACAAAUGAAUGACGUCUAUGCUAAUAAACGCAGCACAUUUGAUUUGCUA